UUUUUUUUUCUUCAACACUUCCCACCAGAUGACUAAUGUAAGUUUUUUUUUUCUUCAACACUUUCCCACUCAGAUCAAAUAAUCAACAAUCAAAUAAUUAAAAUUCACAUCCGUUAUUAAAUAUUAACGGUGUCAAAGGGUAAUAACCUUAUUAUCAAGGAUAUAAAAGCAAGAGAAAUAGACAAAUAGAUUCAUUAGUUUAUCAACUCUCUCUCUCUACAACUAAGCAAGAAAAGAUGUCUGGAAUGUAAGCUAAAUGUUUUUUUAUUUAGAUUUGAUUUUAAAUAAGAAAAUUAAAUUAUUAUUUUUUAUAGUUAUUCAUCUUUUUUUCAUAGAUUCUCAGUCAUUGUUUGUAAUCGACAACCCUUUUACAACUAAAAAGCGUAAAUUGAGAACAAAAAUCGAUGAUGCACCGGUGGAGAAAAAGAAGAAGUAUGAUUUAGUAAUAUCGAAGGACGAAUCGUCGUUUAAAUCCAUCCCGCCGUAUUCGAUAUACAUAUCGCAUGGGUUUAACCUAGAAAUUAAAGAAUUCAGACAACAGUAUUAUGUAUGUUUAGCGAAAACAAGUGCUAAAGGCGAGAUACAGAAUAGAUUCAACAUUUAGGUAAAAGAAGUUAAUUUUUUUAUUCAAGCUUUGAACGCCGUUCAAAAAUAUUUGGAAGAAUUCAUUUAAAUGAAAAAAUCUAUGCAAUUAUUGCGAACGUCUCUCUCUCUCAAAAAUAUGAAGAAAUCAUCGUAUAUAUCUCGUAUAUGAAGAAAUCGUCUAGUUCGGCAUCUCUCUCUUAUGUGAAGAAAUCGUCUAAAAACAUUAACUCGUCAGGUAAAAAUUUAAAAAGAAAAUGUUUUUGCUGGUAGAAUCAGGCUUCCGAAAUUUUUUAGAAUGCUAUCGUAAAAGUGAUCUCGAAUAUAUCGAUCCAACCAUUUUUUUUAGAGAUAUAAAAUCCGAACUUUUUAACGUAAUUACGAACUUCGGGAAUGAUUAUAGAGUACGAUUUGUGAUUAGCUUAAAAGUAAUAAUGUACAAAAGUGUAGAAAUGGGAGAUAAAUACGAGUUUAAAGAUUUUUUCUUUACGAGUUAUGCAGAACGAGUUCUAAGCCCUUUUCUAAGUUGGAAGAAUAUUGAGAAUGCGAUAAACAAAAUUCUAGGAGAUAUAUCUGUUGCAGUAGUAUUAGGUAGUGGGUGGGUAAUUUACAAAUUAGAUUAUAUUGAUAUUCAUAGAGCGACGUAUAAUGCAUAUAAUGGGGGUUGUGGUUCUAUAAUUUUGCCUAAACGUUUAGUAAAUAAAAAAUGUAUUUUAAAUAUUCGAUGUAAUGAUAAUAAAUGUUUUGUUUAUUGCAUUCUCGCGAGUAUUUUUCCAUUGGUAAAUAAUAAAAAUAAUAUAUCUAGCUAUAAAAAAUAUUUAAAAUUUAUUAAUUGUUCGAAUUUAAAAUAUCCGGUUUCGUUGGACCAAAUAUAUGUUUUUGAGAAAUCAAAUAGUAUUUCCAUUAAUAUAUAUGGUUAUAAAGAUAUUGUUUUUCCGUAUUAUAUAAGUAAGUUUAAAUUCGGUAAAAUUGCGAAUUUACUAUUAUACAAAAAUCAUUAUUUUUUAAUUCGAAAUUUCAACAGACUUUUACACGAAAAACAAAAGUCUCUUUAUUACUAUUGUAAAAAUUGUUUAAACGGUUUUCAACGCGAAUCGAGUUUAAAUUUACAUAGAGAAAUAUGUACAAAUUUCAAAUUUCAAAGACUAUCGGUACCUACAGUCGAAAAUUCCAUUCUUAAAUUUAACGAAUUUCAUAAGAUGCUUAAGCAUCCUGUUGUCGUUUAUUGCGACUUCGAAUGUUUAACAGAAACAGUUUCUAACGCGAUGCAAUCAACAGAUACUAGCUUUAGUACCGUUACGCAAAUUCAUAAACCGAUUUGUUAUGCGAUGGUCGUAUUAGAUAAAAACGAAACAAUUAUCUAUUCUAAAUUUUAUUGCGGCUUAGACGUUAUAGACAAUUUUUUAGAAACUUUAAAACAUCAAUCGGAACGUCUUAUUAAAGAAAUAAAACUUAAUAUUCCAUUAGAUCCUCGAACAAUUCCAAAUUCUAUUAAUCGAGAUAAAUGUAAUAUUUGUGGAAAAAAGUUUUCCCCUAACGAUGUAAGCGUAAUUGAUCAUAAUCACUUAAAUGGAAGGUUUCGACAGUUCGUGUAA